CAUAGCACCGUCACACGACUCAGAGGAGCAGCCCCGCAAAGGCCUACCGACUCGCCCUCGGUAUACACAGAUCCAUACGAGUGGCAGUCCCAUGCUGGCUUCAACACCAACGCUACCAAUACUCCCAACCCAAAUCUGAGUGUCGUUGGCUACGACUAUGCCCAGGAUGGACAAGACGGGCGGGGCUUCCUUGGGUCGGAUCCGUAUGCCAGUCGUGGGCAGACACCGAAGGUCGGCGCAAACCUAAACAGAGCCGACACACUCCUGCCAGGAGACUCCAUCUCGGCCUACAAGGUACCUGCACCCCACCCACGGAGUAGCCUAAUGAUGUCGGCUAUUCCCAGUCAAGAGUCGGGAGCUGCAGCCAGCUACAGAGAUUCCAUCUCUCAACGAGGGUCGUACUCGCAGCAGGGCGUGGGAUACGCUCUCCCUUCCCAACAGGCUCACGGAGAUGAUACACUCCAUUCUCGGUACGACUCGACUGCGUCCGGCUUCGACAAUCAGAGUCCAACCAAGUCGACAACUGCUCUUGCCCAUCCACCCUAUCCCAUGGCGUACGCUGAUGACGAGUACGACCAGAAUCGGCAGCUGACAAACGAGCCAGAUUACUACAAUGCGGAAGAGGCAAAUACAAAGAAGGGUCUGCUAGGCUUCAAGCAAGACUCGCUGCAGAGUCAGAUUGACAAGCGCAGGAGAGGGAUCGGCCGACAGCGCUGGCCAAUCUUCACCUGGGUCCUCUCCCUCGCCCUAGUAGGAGUCUUCGUAGCCGAGCUGAUCAAGGCCAAUGCCCUGACAGGUCAGGCAAUCCAGACUCAUCCCUCGAUCAACCCCAUGAUCGGUCCUUCCUCCCAGUUCCUCAUCUAUUUCGGUGCACGCUUCGUACCCUGCAUGAGAGACAUCCCUGCCGUGCCCACUAGCACAGAGCUUGCUUGUCUCAACGCCAGUACCCUCUCCACCAUCACGACCUCGCAAGAGUGCCCUAUUUGGGAGAUUUGCGGCCUUGACUCCGCCACAUCCUACGGGCAACUGUGGCGCUUCGUCACCCCCAUCUUUCUGCACGCAGGAAUCGUACACAUCCUCUUCAAUAUGGUCGUCCUUCUUACGCUCUGCGCGCAGAUCGAGAAGCUCAUCGGUACUCCCUUCUAUCUCCUCCUGUUCAUCGCAGGCGGCAUCGGUGGCAACCUCCUGGGAGCUAAUUUCGGCAUGGCGGCUACGCCUUCGGUAGGCGCCAGCGGGAGCAUCUACACCUGCAUCGCGAUUGAGCUCAUCGACCUCGUGUACAACUGGUCGCACGAAGCCAAACCCAAGACACGACUCUGCGUGAGCAUCAUCUUUACCCUCGUUGGACUCGCACUAGGCCUCCUGCCCGGGCUGGACAACUUUGCCCACAUCGGAGGAAUGGCCGUCGGCCUGCUCGGCGGGCUCCUCGUCUGUCCCUCCAUCCACACCACGAAGCGACACCGCGUGCUCACAUGGGUCUUCCGCCUGAUAGGCCUCGCCCUCCUCGUGGCCUACUUUGUCGCCCUCGCACUCAACUUUAUGAAUGCAGAGGACCCAGCCACUGCUUGUACUUGGUGCAGGUACCUUAGCUGCUUGCCUACCUUUUCACAGUGCAAGAACAAUGGACUGACGACGACGACGACGACGAGCUCUAGCUCC